AUGACGUCAGGCUUUACCUACAUUGUGCUCCUCUGUGUGACCAGUGGACUGUGGAUAGAGGCAAAUGCGAAAUGUUCCUCUCAAAAAGAGGGUGAAUGUAUAACUUGCCCUGACGGCUGGACAAAGUUUGACUGUCGCUGUUUCCUAUUCAUCUAUGAGGAAAAGGUCUGGGCUGAUGCUGAGAUCUUUUGCGUAACCAAUGGAGGAACUUUGACCUCUCUGAAAACGGCAGAGGAUUAUGGCUUCUUCAGACAAUUGGUGAUAAGAGCAACAGGUGCAAAUAAAACUACUUGGAUUGGAGGCUAUGAUGCCAUCAAGGAGGGUGUAUGGAUGUGGACUGAUGGCUCAAAGUUUGACUUCAAUGGAUGGGCCAAGGGGGAACCAAACAAUAAUGGAGAUGAGGACUGUAUGGAGUUUAACUAUGGAGGAUUCGACUACGUUAACGACAUCAAGUGUGACAACAAGAGAUCUUUCAUUUGUUCCAUGGAGCCACAUUUUUAG